AUGGUGAGACACAAGAGGACUCUCACUGGUGAGAAACUCUUUGAAUGUCCGGAUUGUGAGAAAAGUUUCAGUUUCAAUUCCAACCUGUUUAUUCACCAGAGGACUCACACAGGAGAGAAACCAUAUGAGUGUCUGUAUUGUGGGAAAAGUUUCACUCAGAAUGCCAGUCUGGUGAUACAUCAGAGGACUCACACGGGAGAGAAGCCAUAUGAGUGUCCGGAUUGUGGGAAAAGUUUCAGUCGGAAUUCCCACUUGGUGACACAUCAGAGGACUCACACAGGAGAGAAACCAUAUGAGUGUCCGGAUUGUGGGAAAAGUUUCAGUCAGAAUGACAACCUGAUGAAACACCAGAGAACUCACACAGGAGAGAAACCAUAUAAGUGUUUGAAUUGUGGAAAAAGUUUCCAGCAGAAUGGCCACCUGGUAAAACACCACCGAAUUCACACAGGAGAGAAACCAUAUGAAUGUGCGGAUUGUGGGAAAAGUUUCGGUCAGAGUUCCCACCUGGUGACACAUCAGAGGACUCACACAGGAGAGAAACCGUAUGAGUGUCUGGGUUGUGGGAAAAGGUUCAGUCAAAAUGACAAUCUGAUGAAACAUCAGAGGACUCACACAGGAGAGAAACCAUAUAAGUGUUUGCAUUGUGGAAAAAGUUUCAGUCAGAAUUCCUACUUGGUGAAACACCACCAAAUUCACACAGGAGAGAAACCGUAUGAGUGUGCGGAUUGUGGGAAAAGUUUCAGUCAGAGUUCCCACCUGGUGAAAUAUCAGAGGACACACACAGGAGAAAAACCAUAUGAAUGUCCAGAUUGUGGGAAAAGUUUCCAGCAGAAUUCCCACCUAGUGGAACAUCAGAAGACUCACACAGGAGAGAAACCAUAUAAGUGUUGUGAUUGUGGGAAAGGUUUCUCUCAGAAUUCGAGCCUGGUGAAAAGUUUCGAUCUCAAUUCCAAAUUGGUGAUUCACCAGAGGACACAUGUGGAAGAGAAACCGUAUGAGUGUUUGGAUUGUGGGAAAAGUUUCAGGCAAAGUUCCUACCUGGUGAAACAUCAGAGGACUCAUACGGGCGAGAAGCCAUAUGAGUGUCCAGAUUGUAGGAAAAGUUUCAGUCAGAAUUCCCAUCUGCUGAGACAUCGGAGGAUUCAC